CCCGCUCCUCCUGCGCUGAGCCGGCAGGCAGGCGGCUCCGGAGGAGACGGGACAAUGUACGCGGGGCGCAAGAGGAGGAAGCCGGUACAGAGGACAGUGAAGCCGCCGCCCCCAGAAGGUGUGAAGUCGAACCCCUCCAAGCGCCAUAGGGAUCGGCUGAACUCGGAGCUGGAGCGGCUGGCUAGCUUGUUGCCUUUCCCUGAGGAGGUCAUCUCUACCCUGGAUAAACUCUCCAUCCUGCGCCUCAGCGUCAGCUAUCUCAGGGCCAAGAAAUUCUUCAACAUUGCCUUGAAGAGCCACUGCUCCAAAGCUGGAGCCGAAAGGGAUGGCGACCAUGACGAUGGGAGGACCUUGGGGCUGGCUGACAGAAUCAUGCCAGAGGGUGAACUGCUAUUACAGGCUCUUAAUGGCUUUGUGCUGGUGGUGACAUCUGAAGGGAUGAUAUUUUAUUGCUCGCACACGAUUCAAGACUAUCUUGGAUUUCAUCAGACAGAUGUCAUGCACCAGAGUGUGUUCGAGCUGAUCCACACCGAGGACCAGCAGGAAUUCAGGCGCAACCUUCACUGGGCCCUUAACCCGCCUCCCACUCCUGAGAGCGAACCAUCGCCUGAUGGUGAAAAAAGUAUCAGCUCCUCCAUUACCACUUACAAGCCCGGCCAGCUGCCUCCUGAGAACUCCUCUUUCCUCGAAAGGAGCUUUGUGUGCCGAUUCCGCUGCCUCCUGGAUAAUUCAUCUGGGUUCCUGGCUUUAAACCUUCAGGGCAGGUUGAAAUUUCUCCACGGCCAGAAUAAAAGGUCUGAAAAUGGGUCCCCGCUGUCUCCCCAGCUGGCUCUCUUUGCCAUCUCCACUCCCUUGCAGCCCCCCUCCAUCCUGGAGGUCAGAACCAAACACAUGCUCUUCAGAACCAAGCACAAACUGGACUUCACCCCCAUGGCCUGUGAUGCCAAAGGGAAGAUCGUGCUGGGCUAUACAGAGGCAGAGCUGCGGGUGCGCGGCACUGGGUACCAGUUCAUUCAUGCCGCUGACAUGCUGCACUGUGCUGAGAAUCACGUCCGAAUGAUAAAAACGGGCGAGAGCGGCCUGACUGUGUUCCGUCUCCUGACAAAAGAAAAUCGAUGGAAAUGGGUCCAAGCCAACGCUAGACUCGUCUACAAGAAUGGCAAACCCGAUUACAUCAUCGCCACGCAAAGGCCACUUGUAGAUGAAGAAGGAGGGGAGCACCUUCGGAAGCGUUCUAUGCAUCUUCCUUUUACCUUUGCUACAGGAGAGGCACUAUUAUAUCAAAUGUCCUACCCGCUUCCUGGCAUACCUGACCCUUUCCACAGCAAAGGGAAAAACAACAGAUCCAAAAAGAAUUCUCAAAGUAAAGAGGGGAUGUCCCAGAAGGACAAAGUAGACCCAAACUCUCUCCUGGGAGCCAUGAUGAGGCAAGAUGAGGCUGUUUAUGUCUCCCACCCGGCUUCUACUUCCAAACAUUCCUUCAGCAGCAAUCUCUUCAGCCACCUGGGAGAAUCUGGCUUAUUUGGGACUGGAGAAGAGAACUGGAAUGCGGUUGCUAAUCCAUUGUCCUCUGGGGAAAAUGGUCCCAAGCAGAAGCUAGAUGAUUUAAGGCAUGGGGACCCACUGUUGACCACACUGGAUUCUCUCUCGAUUAGCAGUGAUGAAAACUGUUCAAAUAAUGAGCUGUUUAGUGCUUUGGAGGGUCUGGGGCUGAAUGCUGAGGAUCUGGAGCUCUUGCUGUUGGAUGAGAGGAUGGUGAGGGUAGAAAUGGACUUGGAUUAUAUUCCAUCUCUGAACGAUCUAUUAACAAAUAAUGAAAUCCUCUCCUAUAUUCAUGGUUCGCUUGUAAACAAAGGUGAGGAUGAGCCCACUGGGGAGCAGCAGGCCUGUUCCUUGUCAGACCCAGGCCAGAAUCCAAGCCAAGACCCAGUGGUGUAUCCAUCCCAGAUGCCAGAGAAAGGAUCCCAGUGCUCACCCCAGCCCCCGCCACAAAACCAGCAAUCGCUGAUCUUGCAUCUCCCGCAGCAAAUGCAGCAGCACAUUGUGACCCAAAACCAGCAGAGCAGCCAGCCGUGGGAGCAGCUGUUACCCUCAGUUCUCAGUCAGCCAACACCCUCGCUGGUGAAGCAGGCUGCUGAGGAUAGCAGCCUGCAGGGGAGGCUACCAGCAGGAACGGCCGAGCUUGGGCUGUCUCCGUUUGUACAGUCACCUCUUGGUCAUCAGCAGCAGAGUCCACAGUGGGUCAGACCUCAUGGAUCAAACCAUCUCCGUCAACCCAUAGAAAUCCCUUACCAACAUAAGCAACAUGGGCAGCAGCUGGAGAGUGACCUCCACGCAGUGCAGGGAGCACAUCAACCACUCCUGCAGCAAAGCCAGCUGUGCAGCCAACAAAAUCAGAUCCAGGUGCACACAGAGCCACAGCUGAAACAAAAACCAAUCCUAGUGGGUAACACAUGGCAGGGAUACGGCUACAGACCUGCAAAUCAGCCACGCAGGGGGCUCCCAGCACAAACCGAUAGCUAUGGUGUUGAACAGGAGCUGAGCUCCCAGUUCUGCCCAGCUCAGGUGCCAAACACAGGAGUGUCCACCAUUCAUUUUUACCUGAACGGGCUGUCCAGAAUGGAGAUAGGAGAGAGAGGAGCAUCCCAAGAAGAGAUGACUCCAUAUUCGUGUUCUGUCCCCACUUCCUCAUUUCAGGUCAUUUCUGCAAAGCAACUGACCCCUGUUCCUUCAGCGUCUCAGUACCUGUGUCCAAAUUCAGCCUUGGAUCACUUUGUGAAUAUCCAUGGACAACAGGAAGCCUCCACGCACUCUUACGGGACACACACGCCAUUAUUAUGCCAGGAUAAUACCCAUAAGCCCGAAAAUGAUUGUGUUUUGACCAGCGCUAAUGUGGGAUACCCCAGAGACUGCCUCCUGCCCAACAGAAACCCUGCUUCUUCAGACGAGCUGCAUUCCUGCACAGAGCUGCUUCCAAAUCAUUCUAAACCCUCCAGCAGUGGCUUUUAUCUCUAAGAGUGGAUGAUUAGAUUGCCCAAACCAGGAUUAUUCAGACCAUAUGGAGAAAAAGCUGUGUUUAAGUUAUGGAAAACAAGUAGCUAUUUUUUUCUGACUGUUUUUGUCUCGUCUUUUAUUGUUUUUAUCAACCUCACAUGAUAGUGAUUGUGACAGCCAGGGCUUGGCCAGGAGUGAGAAGGAACUUUACAUGGUGGAGUUUAAUUUUCACAAAGAUAUUACCGAUCUGAGCAUUGAUGUUCCACCUACAACAGUCUACUAGAGAAGCCGUGGCAGGGGGAAAACAACUUCUAAUCCUUCACAAUCCCACUGUAAUGCAUUUGUAAAAAUAGCCAGGGCUUGAGCUAUGUACACAAAGUCUCAUUUGUACGAUUAUCUCGCAAUGGCUGAGAGUUUUUUGUGUUCUUUGCUUCAUCAGUUGGGAGUUUCCAAAUGUCAGGGCCCUAUCUGUUUCUUUCAUGUUUCCCUGGUAGGGUUAUCGAUUGCAGAAAGGCAAAGACAUCCAGCUACAAAGGAAAAUUGGCUUGGAAAUAUCUUGACCCAGCCUCAUAGCUUUCUUUUAUAGCAGUCUUUUAAAUUGAAUACAGAACUAAUGUUUUGCUGUAGAAAACUACAUUUUAACAUCAACAAAGACUACCCUGUUGAAGACUACCCUGUUGAAGAUUGACAUAACAAAUCUUGCACUUUGAUGAAAGGAGUUCUCUAUUGCACUACACUAAUUUUAGUUCUACUGUUAUAUAAGAUUGUUGGGUUGGUUGGUUUUUUUUUUAAACACAUUUAACCAGUCUCUACAAUUUAGGAUGUUUUUAUUUCUGUCGUUGAGCUCAGAGGUUCAACCGUGUAGAUAUUGUUUUGGUGAAGCCGCACCACUGUACAAAAGGCAAGAUGUGGAAUUUCACUAACUGUGCACAGAUUGUAAUGAAUCUCUUCCUUCUGGGUUUGCCAAAGCUUUUCGGUUUGUGACAGUUUGCUUUAAAAAAAAAAACACAUUUCCAUAUGACAUGAUAGACCAUGAAACCAGUUGCACUCGUCAGAAAGUUACUGCCAUGAACCAGUACCUGAGCUGCUGCUUUUCCAAACAUAGCUCUGAAGUCACAUUCCACUAAGUCUGCAAACAACUGACCUAUACUCUGAUAUUACAUGGGUCCUUUCACAGCCAGACUUCAACAUUCAUAAGAGACUUUAACAUUAACUGAUUCCACAGAUUAGAGCUUUAGGUAUUGUAGUAAAUAUCACUGAGUGUCGUUUUGUUGUCUUCUGUAUGAUAUGCCCAAGUUGGUUGGUUUUGAUUCUCAGAGUACCUACCAUGUAUUCUGUCUAAAAGUGGGUCUAAACCACUAAGACUAUUCAAAGCCACAGCAUCUCAUGUGUAGGUACUUAACUAUAAAAAAUUAGGAGCAGACUGGCAUAUAAGCCAUAUGUUGUAUCUGUGCCUAAAAAGAUUGCAAAUAAGUAGAGGACUUGUCUAGUUCAGAGGAAGAGUCAGAUUACUGUACAGAGAAGUUUGCAAUACGAUAAAGAAAAUAAGUAUAAUGAUACUUAAUUUUAAAUAUGUGACAUAGUGAUAUUUUCCCACAAAAGAAAUACAACCCAUACAUAUGUAUAUAAUAUGAGCCAACAUAUAUUUUUAUGCUACUCCAGCAGAGAAAAACAUAUCUUAUCUUCCCAAGGUAGUCAAGUAACGUCCUUUGGAACAAGAAAAAUUGACUACUCAAAGGAUCAGAAAUUAUGGUCACCUGUUGUCAGAAACCUACCAUAAAAGAACAUCCUUUCUGUAUCA